AUGGUCUCCCUGUUAGAUUCCAGCCGAAAAGCCUUGUUUUCACGGUGUGCAGUUUCAGAUGAGGAACACAGUGAAGAUGAUGACUUUUUCAUCAACAGCCCGGCAUCCAAACGACGUCGAACGUCUCGUGUUUCAAAAACUGACAAUCGAAACCUAGGUCAUACGUUAACUCUGGACGACCGGGCGAGAGUGCCGAUCGGCUGGAAACCGCUCCGUACAACCAAACUGGGUUUCGAGUCCGGAAGCGAUACGGACGAGUCCGAUCGAAUGAGUGACUUCGCAUUGGACGCGUUUUCUGAAGCACACAGCAUCGAUGAAGAUGACGAUUCUCAAUCAAGCACAUCUCGUAGAGCCAUACCUGAAUGGCGCUCUAAAGCCUAUCUAUUGUUGGGACCUUCUGGUAUCGGUAAAACAUCAAUGGUAUACGCUUUGGCACACGAUUUGGGCUUCAAGGUUUUCGAACUGAACCCAUCAACCCGUCGAUCUGGAAAGGACUUAUCGGAUCAGUUUCAAGUCGCUUUGGAUUCACACCACGUGGCCAAGGAACAUCUGUUACACACUUUCAGCACAUUCCACAUGACAAGUCCUAAAGGACUCAAUCUGAGUUGCAAUUCUCUCGUUCUGUUGGAUGAGGUGGAUGUUCUGUUUGAUAGUGAUCGGGGAUUUUGGAACGGGCUGGACAAUCUACUCCAAUUGGGACGGAGACCGAUUAUUCUGACAGCAUCGGAUCCGGCCAUUAUUCAUGAGCUUCCAAUAUCUGCUCGUGUCUGUCGUGUCAAACCUCCGGAUAAGGUGAGUAUUCUGGGACAUCUAUCUCCUUUCGUUUAUUGUGGUAUGACGGGAUUCGCAUUCCGAGUCCCAGGGCUUAGGUUUCAGGCUACUGUAAGUGAACUGGCUCCGAACCAGUAUCCCGGGUAA